GCGGCGGGGGCGGGACGGGGGGAGAGCAGCGCCGCGGAGCCGCCGCCGGGGCAGCCCAGCGGGUCCGCCGGGAGCACCCGCGCGGCCCCCGCUCCGGGUGAGGGGAGCGGAGCGGGGCACGGCGGGGAGCGGUGCCGCCGCCGCCACCAUGUCCGGGCGCGGCCACAACAAGCUGCCGACCACCGAGCGCAUCGUCAAGGGCUUUGCAGCGACUCCCUGCAAUCCCACCAGCAAGAGGAAGACACCAGCUGUCCCAUUCCCUCCCACGCAGCGGCUCACUCUGAAGGAGGUGUUUGAGGAUGGGAAGCCGAGGCUCGACGUCCUCAAGAGCCACUUGGUGAAGGAAGGGCGGCUGGAGGAGGACGCAGCGCUGAAAAUCAUCAACGACGGCGCCGCCAUCCUGAGGCACGAGAAGACCAUGAUCGAGGUGGAGGCUCCAAUCACAGUGUGUGGUGACAUCCACGGACAGUUCUUUGACCUGAUGAAGCUGUUUGAAGUGGGAGGAUCACCCAAUAACACCCGCUACCUCUUCCUGGGGGACUACGUGGACAGAGGCUACUUCAGUAUAGAGUGCGUGCUGUAUUUAUGGAGUUUAAAGAUAAAUCAUCCCAAAACGUUGUUCCUCCUUCGAGGGAACCACGAGUGCAGGCACCUCACAGAAUACUUCACCUUCAAGCAGGAAUGUCGAAUCAAGUACUCGGAGCGAGUGUACGACGCGUGCAUGGAUACCUUCGACUGUCUUCCUCUUGCUGCCCUCCUCAACCAGCAGUUCCUGUGUGUCCACGGGGGCCUGUCUCCAGAAAUCACGUGUCUAGAUGACAUUAGGAAAUUAGACAGGUUUAAGGAGCCUCCAGCCUUUGGUCCGAUGUGUGACCUGCUGUGGUCAGAUCCCUCCGAGGAUUACGGCAACGAGAAAACCCUGGAGCAUUUUGCCCACAACACUGUCCGAGGCUGCUCCUAUUUCUACAGUUAUCCUGCAGUGUGUGAAUUUUUGCAGAACAAUAGUUUGUUAUCCGUAAUCCGAGCUCACGAAGCCCAGGAUGCUGGGUACCGAAUGUACAGGAAGAGCCAGACCACGGGCUUUCCCUCGUUAAUCACAAUCUUCUCUGCACCAAAUUACUUAGAUGUCUAUAACAACAAGGCUGCUGUACUGAAAUAUGAAAACAACGUCAUGAACAUCAGGCAGUUCAACUGUUCCCCUCACCCCUACUGGCUUCCAAACUUCAUGGAUGUCUUUACAUGGUCUUUGCCUUUCGUAGGGGAAAAGGUCACCGAGAUGCUCGUGAACAUCCUCAACAUCUGCUCCGACGACGAGCUGAUUUCGGAUGGCGACGAGACGUUGGAAGGUGGGACAACGGUGCGUAAGGAGAUCAUCAGGAAUAAGAUCAGAGCCAUUGGGAAGAUGGCACGGGUCUUCUCAGUUCUUCGGGAGGAGAGCGAGAGCGUGCUGACCCUCAAAGGCCUGACCCCCACAGGUACCCUGCCCCUGGGAGUGCUCUCGGGGGGGAGGCAGACCCUGCAGACCGCCACAGUAGAAGCGGUAGAGGCACGGGAAGGUAUGGCUAGAACCCGGCGAGAGACUCAAAUCAUCUCCGUGUCCAUCCGUGGGUUCUCCCCGCAGCACAAGAUCCGCAGCUUCGAGGAGGCGCGGGGGCUGGACCGCAUCAACGAGCGGAUGCCCCCGCGCAAGGAUUCGCUGCACUCGGACGGCCCCGUGAACUUGGUAACCUCAAACUCUGCGGACAAGAACGGCACGGGGAAGAAAUCCCAGUAACGCUCCGAGCGCCCAAACCUGCACCGCCAGAGGAUCCAAAACUUAAUGAAUUUUAUUUAUUUAUUAUCGGGGUUGGGGUGGGGGCAGGGGGAGAAACCAACUUCACCUGGAGGCACGUCCAUAAAUCCAGUCCGCAUCCGUUCUGUAAGAAAGCGACCAUUUUGUAUUUUUUUUUUUUUUUAUUUAUGUUCGAUAUAUAUAAAAAUGUCCUUUUUUUUUUUUUUUUUUUAAAUUUUAUUUGAUUUAGAAACCAAUCCAACUGCUAGUACAUCCCGGGAAUGUUGUGCUGUCCAGUUGCCCUCCCCGAGAGGCCAAACCUCUGCCAGGGGAGGGUUUGAUUAAAAAAACAAAAAUCAGUCAAACCAGGCAACUUGGGUCAUUGGCUGUGGCACAAUUUGGAAUUAGCCUGAGCUUUCCAAAGCAGGUCCUUCCCUUCAGGAUACGGUUGGGUUGGUUUUCCUUUUCACACCUGUUUUCUUCCCACGUUUUUCCUGUUGUUUUCUUCCACCUCUUGCCUACCUGCAGCUACUGCUUUAGCAACCAAUUCCCUGGAAGGCAGAUUGCUGGGAUCCAUCCCUCUUUUCCAAGGUGACAGCCAGGGGUAGCUCCAAAGGACUCCAAGGCUUGUUGUUAACACCAAUCACGGCACCUUUUCCUUCAGGAAUUCAGCUUUAUCCCAGGGGAAUCCUAAAGGAAAGCAGGCAGAAGGUGGGGGAAGUGUUGCCCCUUGUUGUGGCUCUUCCUCUUGGAGCAGCCAGUUUGUGCAGCAGAAUUCCCUUGGGAAUCCCUCUGAUUCAGAGCAGAGGAAUUAUCUCUGCUGUCUGAUGAUCCUUGGGAAAGCUGCAACGCCUGAACUUUAAAGGAAAAGGGGGUGAUUUCUACCCUGGAGGCUGCAGCUCCCCCAUUACCCCACCAGCACAGCACAUUCCCUGUUCCCAGCUCUGGAAUCGGCCCUUGCUGAGCAGUUUGGGGUGUGGGGGACAGGGUGGUCCCCCCCAGUGUCACCUCCCUGUCCCCCAGUGGGGUGUGACUUGGGGCAUCACCCACCCUUGGCUAUUCCAGAGGAGCCAUGGGCAGCUCAGCCUUGCCCAGCAGCUGGAGCAGGGGGUUGCUGAGGGAUAAAGUCUGGGAUGAGCUGCGUGGGGCACUGCUGGUUUUUGGGAGAUGUGGCUCAGUGCUGGUGACAGCACACUCCCCCCGGAUUGGGAAGCAGGGAGAGGCUGGAAGGCAGAACCAAGUGGAUCUGGCAGGAAUUUUGGCAGGGUGAUCUGGACAGGGAUCCUGGGGGUUCCCAGGGGACACCCCCUGGGUGUUGUCAGGGAUUUUGGAGUGGGAGCUGAAUGUUCUGUCACUCGCAGCGUUCUUUCACUUAAACUGGGAGUGCUGGGGCAGGGUUUGGUGAGAUUCCCUUGUGAGCCAUGUCCUGGAGGAGCAGCUCCUGCAGCCCCCCCGCUCCAGCUUUCCCUUUCCCCCCUUCUCCUGUGCUCUCCGCCGGCAGGGCUGAGCCUCUCCCAGGGGAUCUUUGCCAAGGCUUUCCCUGGAUCUUGCCGUCUUCCCUGGCGAUGCCAGCACCAGAGGGAAACAACUUCCCAGGAAGCUUUCGAAUUGUCUUGGGAUCACACGUCACCUAAUCCCACGGGGCUGUUUAGGAUUCUGUAAGCAGACCGCUGGGUUUCCACACUUUUCAGUCACAUGCCUCCGCUUUCCCCUCUUUAUUCUUUUUUUUUUUCUUUUUUUGGUGUUUUUUUUUCCCUUUGAUCCCAUUUUUUUACACGCCCACCGCUUUGCAAAAAGUGCGAGAUGUUUGGAGCGAGCUUCUCUCCCCCCAGUCCGAGGAGUGGGGCCAAAUUGCCUUUUGUCUGUGAGUAUUUCUUUGUCCUUUCAGGGCCUCCUGUGAGCGCGGUGAGCCCGUGUGUGGUACCCGGGCGCACAGACCGUGCCCGGGGCUGCCCGUGCAUGUUCGGGCGUGUUGUGCUGACCCAGGCUGGGAUCUCACCCAAGCAGCCAGGUUUUAGUUGGGAUAUUUGGGAUGGGAAUCGCGGGACCCCGAGCCUGGCACCCCCUGGUCCCAGCGUGGGGGGGUCAGCAGGGCCCAGCCCAUUGCAGAGGGGGAUUUGCUUUGCUGGCAGUUUGUCCCCCCACCCUCUUCUCCUGCUCUGACAUCACCAAUUCCCCCUCCCCAAAAUCCUUUUGGACCUUGUGCUUCGUGGUUUGGGGGCACAGAUCCAACCCCCUGAUCCUUGGGGCUGGUGGAACUGCAGCUUCCCAGCCCCUGGAAAAGGGCUGGAUGUUGGUUGUCCCUGGGGCUGGUGGAGCUGCACCAUCCCAGCGUCCCAGCCCUGGAGAAGGUGGCCAAGGGCUGGAAGUUGGUUGCCCUGGCCCCAGAGAUGGUGGCCAAGGGCUGGAAGUUGGUUGCCCCAGCCCCAGAGAUGGUGGCCAAGGGCUGGAAGUUGCCCCCAUGUCCCUGUGGCACCAGCACAUGUGGAUGUCACUGUGCCAGGUCCCCUCUUCCCUUUAAAGCAGUUCCCGAGGGGGUGAGGAGCAGCAAUGGGGCUCUGGGUGCUAAUUACCCCCUCAAUUAACGCCCCCUCUCCGUGCUGGGCUUCCCCUGCCACAGCCCCGACCCGAGGUCCCCGCUCCCCUCUUUUGGGGACAACCUCGGGGCAGAAUUCCCUGCCCCAGUCCCCACCACGGCAAACCAAAAAAAAAUCCAGAAACGCCCCCAAAUUCCCCCUUUUCCUCCUGUUCCCCCCCAAAUCCAGCGCCUCGGAGCUGGGCUUGUCUCUGACCCCUCAUCUCCGAGCUCCCGCCCGUCCCUUCCCCUCCCCGGCUGCCACCUGGAGCUUGGACAACCGGGAUUGUGGGGAGCCCACGGGCCCUGGGGGAGCCCCCCCGGCCCGAGGGAGCCCCCAAAUCCAGGGAAAGCCCCCACCUCCCCGCAGCCUGGGUUUUUUUGCAUGUUCUAGCAAGGUGCAUGUCCAAGGAGGGGAGUCGGCAAUGGGGCGGGUGGUGGGUUGAGUUCAAGCUUAAUUUUCUUUUUGGGAUUGGGAGAACCCCUCUGGCUGCCUCUGGCACAGAUCCCACCUGGCCAGGGGAGCUGGCAGGGAUGCAGAUCCCACCAAACCUCGGCCAGGGAGGACCUGAAGCCCUCCAGGGGUGCAGUGAUGGUGAUUUUAGGGUUCUCGAUGCUGAAGGAUCAUACGCCCGUUGCCUGGAGACUGCCUCCUUUUUAAUUUUUGUUUUUAUUUCUUGCUUCUUUUUUUUUUUUUUUUUUUUUUUUUAGUUCUGUUGAAAGGAGAAAAAAAAUGGUGAAAAUGUUAUUUAUUGGCAGAAAUUAUUUAAUAUAAUUUCUUUUUUUUUUUUUGUGAAACAAGGAAUGAAUUUGUUAGAACUGUCUCGAUGUAAAUCGGAGUCAUCUUUAAGGAGGAAAAAAAAAGAAAAAAAAAAAGUUAAAAAUUGACACAGUCACUGG